ACGAAUGGGUAAUAAGUAAUAUUCAACGCAUGAACUGUAAUACAAAUUUAUUGCUAUUGUAUUGAGUAGAUUGUAAAGAUAUACAAUGGCAUACAAUUAUAAUUUUAAUAGGCAUAACUCAAUUGGUGGUAGCUGGCAUUUACCACCUCCGCAAGGAUAUAGUGGUACCACUUCUAAUAAUCAUGACCAACAGAAUCAAGAUAUAUUUCAGAAGCAACAAGUACAACCACAACCUCCACAACAGCAACAACAUCAUAUGCAAGGGUUUAGAAACCCUUGGUAUACUCAAAAUCAACAACUUUCACCAGGUGGAACUAAUUCUUCAGCCAUUUCAGAAUCUCCUACUAAGGGUAUUCCAUUACUUCAACAACAACAAUCUUCAAAAAGAUUAUCAUUUGCUAAUAAUUUACCAACAACUUAUGAAUAUGAUGAUCAACGUCAACAAGUAACUCCAUUUAUUCAACCUCCUACCAGAGCUGAUAAUCCAUUUAAUCAAUAUUAUACUAAUCAAGAAGUAACUCUUGGAGAUAGAAGAAUGUCAGCAGCUCCUGCAAUUCAUAAUGGUUAUUAUAAUUCAUUUCUUCCUCAAAAUGAUAAUUAUCAAACUCAAUAUUUACAAAAUUCACCUAGUAUGAAUAGAAGAUCAUCAGUUGGAGUUACACCUAAUUAUCAACAUCAAAGUGGACCUUAUGUAAUUCCUAAUAGAGUUAAAAGAUCUCAUCUGAUAAUUCAAUAUCAACAAUAUCAACAAGCUUUACAAAAUCUGAGAAUGAGUUUAAAAAGAAGACCACCACCAAAGGCUUUAAAAGUUUAUAAUAAAUAUGAAUUAAGACCAAAAAUUCAUUCUAAACCAAAAUAUCGUCGAUGUUCAGUAAAUUCUAUUCAUAUAUCACCAGUAAAUGCAUUAUCAGUUUAUUUAACAGAAUCUUAUGGAAUUUGUCAACCAAAGAAAUUUCAAUAUUCAAAAUCAAGUAAUCCUAAGAGAGUAUUAACUAAACCUCUGGAACCUAAAUUUAAUAAUGGUUAUGAUAAUGAAGAUAGUGAUUAUAUACUUUAUGUUAAUGAUAUAUUAGGAACUGAAGAAGGUAGAAGAUAUAUUGUUUUAGAUCUUCUUGGAUCAGGAACUUUUGGACAAGUUGUUAAAUGUCAAAAUUUAUCAAAUCAAAGUGUUUGUGCAGUUAAAGUUAUUAAAUCAAAACCAGCAUAUAUGAAUCAAUCAUUAACCGAAGUUAAAUUAUUAGAAUUUUUAAGAACUAAUAGUGAUGGUAAAAAUUUUAUUCGAUUAUUAGAUACAUUUAUGCAUAAAGAACAUUUAUGUUUAGUAUUUGAAUUAUUAGCAUCAAAUCUUUAUGAAUUAAUUAAACAAAAUCAAUUUCAAGGAUUAAAUAUGAAACUUGUUAAAUUACUUACAAAACAAUUAUUAGAAGCUAUGGCUCAAUUAAAGGGAUUUCAAAUGAUUCAUUGUGAUUUAAAACCUGAAAAUAUUCUACUAUGUCAACCUGAUAAACCUGAUAUAAAAGUUAUAGAUUUUGGUUCGGCAUGUUUUACUCGUCAAACUAUUUAUACUUAUAUACAAUCAAGAUUUUAUCGAUCACCAGAAGUUAUAUUAGGUUUACCAUAUACUGAAUCAAUUGAUAUGUGGUCAUUAGGAUGUAUUGUAGGAGAAUUAUUUUUAGGUUUGCCAAUGUUUCCUGGUACAUCAGAAUAUAAUCAAAUGUGGAAAAUUGUUGAUAUGUUAGGUCCACCACCACGACAUAUGAUUGAAGUUGGUAGAAAUUCAAUGAAUUUUUUUAAGAAAGUUCCAAAUAUUGAUUCUGAAUCAAAAGUUAGUUAUAUUAUAAAGACAUUUGAUGAAUAUCUUCAUUUUUUAGAAACUUCUAAAUCAAAAGAUGAUCAUAAUAAGAAAAAGGAACAACCAAAUAAGAAUUAUUUUAAACAAAGAUUAUUAAAAGAUAUUAUAUUAAAUUAUAAAUUACCAUCGAAGAAAAUGACUAAUUCAAUGAUUGAAAAGGAAUGUCAAGAAAGAUUAUUACUUAUUGACUUUUUAACUAAAGUACUUAAUUUAAAUCCAUUGGAACGAUUAACACCUCAAGAAGCUCUUAAACAUCCAUUUGUUAAUGAUAUACGAGCAGACUCUGCUGGAUCAGCUGGACUGCCAGUACAUAUUAAAGAUGGAUCAAGAUAAUUCUAAUUUCUACAUAGUUAACAAUAACUCUAUAAAUAUAAUAAAGUAUAGUUAACUUAUAGUUGUAAAACUUAGCCUAUCCUAAUUAGGAAGCGGGUCGUGCGUGGGCGCAUUCGCUGAAAAAAAAAAUGUAUCGAA